AACUAUUUAAAAUGCGUACAUUUUGAAGUGACUAUGAAGCUAAAUUGCUGGCACUAUCGAAACUUAGAACUGAUUCUGUAAUAGGCGUAAGGCUUGUUGUGUACGUAUGUACCUUUUAGGCCACCGUAGUUCUACUUCAGCGGUUUCUGUAAUGGCCGUCAGUCGAAAUAAAACUGGCUCAUUUAGCGAUAUAAAUGUUAUGAAAUGGCAGCGGGUUUUUUAGUCACCUUAUAUGAGUACUCGCCGCUGUUUUACAUUAGUGUGGUUUCUUUAUGUUUUGUUAUAACCGCCGCCAUGGUGCUCGGCUGGUGUGGCUUUGAUGUCCCUGUGAUCCUUCGCAACUCUGAAGAGACAGAGUCCAUCGUCUCAACCCCUGAAAGACAAAUGGUUCAGGUGACCAACCCCUUCACCCUGGUGUUGGGCUCUGGGCCAGCAUGUGUCACUGGUGGUGUGUCAGUGAGGCCUUGCUGUCUAGAACCCUGUGUCCUGAGCUGUUUCUGGGGCUGUGAGGUCAUUGCUCUGCAGAGAGCGCUGCAGGCCCACCAGCACGGCCUGAGGCUUCACACCCCCGAACAUUUCCAGGAAGCAUUACACCUCCAGUACCAAUACUACCAGAGGUUCCACGUCGAAAACAGAGAAGAAUACCGUACACAGAUUCCUUCUGAUCAGGGCAUCACAGAUUUUGGGCCGCUGCCAAGAGAACACUACCCUCUUGUGGCUGUACUGACUGUGGCAGACGCAGGAGCUAGACACACAUAUAAUAUUGUAGCAAGCGUGACAGUUAUUCAUGUUCCUGAUGAUAAGUACGACCUUUCUGCAAGAGUUCUCUUUCAGUACCUUCUCACUUCACAAGGAAACAUGUACGAGUUAAAGCCGCUCUUCAUGUCAGCUGAUAGUGGAGGGAUGUCUGGCCCUCCUGAGCCACAGCAGAAUACCCAACCCAGUGAACCCAACAAGGAGGCCAGCAGUGUGGAGCACAGUCCAGUACUGGAGGAGAACUGGGCAGAGGGGAUGGGCAGAGACUGUGUAGUCUGUCAGAAUGCAGAGGUCAACAGGGUGCUUCUGCCGUGCAGACAUGCCUGUGUGUGUAACAACUGCCUGUCACACUUUCAGCACUGCCCCAUCUGCAGAGCCUUUAUCCUGGAGUCCUUUACCCUGACACAGAUACCAGCACAAGAGUAAUGACUCCAUAUUGAACCUGUGACUGAUGUCAGUCAAUAUAAGUCCAGCAACUAGCUGACACCAAAUCUUGAUUGUUAAAUUGUUUUACAUCAUGCUUCUAUGUACAGAUAGAAGCUGAAUGCAAGUUUCACUGUAGAAGUAGUGUCUUUAAUAGCAAUGAGUUAUGCUGUAGGUGCUGCAGAACAAUUGACUAUACUGCCCUCAGUAUUCACAAUAGUACCCCCACCCAAAAAUAGAGACAUAUUUAAAUGGCUCCCUAAAGUGUUUUCACAACAUCUCUAUUAAGACCUGGUUAAGGUUAAGACCUGGGCACUAACUGGGCCACUCAAACUUCCAUUUUUCUCCUCAUUAAUGGUGAGCUGUCCAGCCCUACAGGCAACAAAGCAUCCCCCUCAUCAUGAUGUUACCAGGGCUGUACUUUAUCUUUGGGAUCAUGUUUUCAUGUUGAUAAGCUGUGCCCUUGUUAUGUCCAAUAAUCCAAAAAAAAAUUUUCCAGUAGGACUGUGGAGUGUUAAGGUAAUUUUUUGCAAACAUAAGGUACACAGUGGUCAUAAGCAACAGCUUCCUGUGUGGUUUCCUACACCAUUGACUGUUCAGUGUUCUGCAAACAGACUCAGGAACAGAGAUACUAACCAGGUUCAAUGAUUCCUUUUUAGCCUUUAGCUUAGCCUUUAGUGUUACUGUGGACAUUUUUGUUACCUUAUUGAACAUUUUGCAUUGUAUUUUGGGAGUCUGUUUAGCUGUGCCCUCUUUGACAGACAGUAGCCACGGAACAAAAUCAUCUCCAUUUGCAGUUUUGUACCUGUAGACUCAAUAAUACCAGAAUUCUCUGAGAUUAAUUUGAAAUCCUUGUUAUUAAUCAUCACGCAAAUCAACAGUUUUUGAUAGUAAGUUUCUUAGUAAGGCAGGAUUCACAUUAGCAGAUGUGUCUUGCAAAUAGCUAACUGUGCUUGUUAGUAGCUCUAAUGCACACCUCCAAUUUAGUUUCAUUGAUGGACUCCAAGGUUUUUAAUGAUGACUAGUUAGGAUUUGCUGAUGACAUUAGCAUGGGAAUUUGCGCUGUUUUCCUGACUCGACUGUGAAUGUUUGAAUGAUGUAUGGAUUAUGUGUGUAAUUAGUUUAAAAAGAUUGUGUUCAUUCAUAAUUGUUACUGAGAUGAACAUUUUACCAUGGUUUAUGACAAAACUUAACAUAAAUGCAUGUAAGGGCAUGUAGAAUUUUCUGCUA